CAGGCCGGAGGGAGGGCACACAAAGGACCCCUGGGUCUGAGCCCACCCACUAGGGAAAGGGCCAAGGUAGAGUAGGAUUCUAAGAGUUCCAGACCCAGACACCCAUGGGUCUGCUGCCCAGAGGGUCCAGACAUGGACAAUGGGCUCUCAAGCCCUGCUCCUAAGUGUGUGGGGUGUGGGGCUCUUAUCAAGCAAAGACGUCAUUUGUUUGGUAUCAAAUACCAAAGUCUAAGCUGGGACCAUCUGCAGUGUCCUUACUGACACUUUAUAGAAGAAAUUCCAGGGUUCUCAGGCUAGUGACUACUUCCUGCCAGGGCCCCAGAACCCUGUACCCUCAGUCAGCUGUCAAACUUUCUUCCAGCUAAGGCCAGUGAGAGAGCAGAGGAGCUGGUGGCCCCUUCUUCUGCCUCCUGAAAGUAGACUGGGCUGGCCUGAUAACCACCUGAGGUCACUGUAGCCAUCUGUCUGUGGUCAGAGGAAAGAGAAAGCCACCAAGACGUGCACAGUGGGGGUUGCAGCUGAAGUUUCAGAUCUAGGAUUGGGCCUUGGUCUUUCUGUACUCAAAAUCCAUGCCGAAUUCCCUCGCUGCUGGCCACGUCCCCAACCCUACUCUGGAUGUGAUUGACCUGGUGGACUGGAGUCUGAGAAAUGCAGGGACCUCCAGUUCUGUCCCAGGCUUGGAGGAGGGAGGUGCAGAACCCUGGGCCUUCUCUCAGCUGAAGAACAUUGGCCAACUGAAAGAGGUCAGCAAGGCCAGCAGGCUCUGCCAAGUGGUUAUCAGCUUCCUCAAGGCAUGUGGACUCCUGGGAAGUCUCUACUUUUUCAUCUGUUCCCUGGAUAUCCUCAGCUCUGCCUUCCAGCUUCUAGGCAGCAAAAUGGCUGGAGAAAUUUUCAAGGACAAUGUGGUGCUGUCCAACCCUGUGGCUGGCUUGGUUGUUGGUGUGCUGGUCACAGUCCUUGUACAGAGUUCCAGCACAUCUUCCUCUAUCGUGGUCAGCAUGGUGGCCUCUAAGUUGCUGACUGUCCAGGUAUCUGUGCCUAUCAUCAUGGGCGUCAAUGUGGGCACAUCAAUCACCAGUACCCUGGUCUCAAUGGCGCAGUCAGGGGAUCGGGAUGAGUUUCAGAGGGCCUUCAGCGGCUCAGCUGUUCAUGGCAUCUUCAACUGGCUCACAGUGUUGGUAUUGCUGCCACUGGAGAGUGCUACAGCAGCAUUAGAGAGGCUGAGUGAGCUGGCCCUGGGUGCUGCUAGCCUGCAGCCAGGGGGACAGGCCCUCUACAUCCUCAAGGCACUGACGCAACCUUUCACACACUUCAUCAUCCAGCUGGAUAGCAGCAUGAUUACCAGCAGUGCUACCCGCAACAGCACUAACAGCAGCCUGAUUAAGCAAUGGUGUGGCAUCAGGGGGAAGAUGCCCCAGGGAAGCAGUGAGGACUCUGGCAUCUUCAACCCCUGCACAGAAAGGAACAUCUCAGCAUCUGCAGAGGAGAAUAAAGUGCCCUGCCAUCACCUGUUUGUGGGCUCAGAACUCACAGACCUGGCUGUGGGCUUCAUCCUGCUGGCUGGCUCUCUGCUGGUGUUGUGUGCCUGCCUGGUCCUCCUUGUUAAGCUGCUCAACUCUGUGCUGCAGGGCCGCAUUGCACAGGCUGUGAGAACUGUCAUCAAUGCAGAUUUUUCCUUCCCCUUUGGCUGGCUCAGUGGCUACUUGGCCAUCCUUGCCGGUGCAGGCCUAACCUUCUUGCUUCAGAGCAGUAGUGUCUUCACAGCAGCCAUUGUGCCUCUCAUGGGGGUUGGGGUGAUCAAUCUGGAACGAGCCUACCCCCUCUUCCUGGGCUCCAACAUUGGCACCACCACCACAGCCCUGCUAGCUGCCCUGGCCAGUCCUGCAGACAUGUUGCUUACUGCAGUCCAGGUUGCUCUCAUCCACUUCUUCUUCAACCUGGCUGGCAUACUGCUGUGGUACCUGGUGCCUGUCCUGAGACUGCCCAUUCCACUGGCCAAGCGCUUUGGAGAGCUGACCGCCCAGUACCGCUGGGUGGCCAUCAUCUACCUGCUAUUCACUUUUCUGCUGCUGCCCCUGGCAGCUUUUGGACUUUCCCUGGCAGGGGUCUCAGUGCUGGCUGCAGUGGGGGGUCCUCUGGUGGGGCUAGUGCUCCUUAUCAUUCUGGUUAAUGUCCUGCAAAGACACCAGCCAUCUUGGCUGCCUCGCUGUCUUCGAUCCUGGGCCUGGCUGCCACUCUGGCUCCAUUCUCUGGAGCCCUGGGACCACCUGAUGACUGGUUGUUGCCCCUGCAGGGCCUGCAGCAACUCUCAUACGACCAGCAAAGUGGCUCACUGCUAUGAGAACCCACAGGUCAUAGCUUCCCAGCAGUUAUGAAAAGUCAGUACCUGUAGCCUAUCGACCCAGCUCCACCAGCUUCAAGGCACUUGGUGUCUGGGGAAACUGCCUACCAGUCUUCCCUGGGGCGAAGAGACAGGGCUCCACCUGGACUUCUUAGUCUCCUGCAUCCUCUUCUUUGCAAAUAAACGAGGCUAUUACUGA